AUGUCUCAGAAGUAUUAUGAUAAAUUAAGUAAGGGUAAUGGGAUAUCUAAUAAGCAAUUUACAUCAGGAAUAGGAUUAAGCCUACUACAAAAAAUGGGAUGGACUGAAGGAAGAGGUUUAGGUAAGGAUGAAGUAGGUAUAGUAGAAUGUAUUCAAAUAAAGAAGAAACAUGAUAACUUAGGGAUUGGUGCUAAAGAUAUAAAGUCAGAUAUGUCUUAUUGGUCUGAAUGGUGGAAGGAAACAUAUAAUAGUGUUGCACGAGAAUUAUCACAUUUAAGUCCUCAUGAGUCAAUAUCUGGAUCUGAGUCUAACAGUGAUACAGGUGAAAUAUAUAGAACUACAAAAAGUCCUCGAUACACUAAGAUAUCUCAUUAUCAGAUACUUCAGUCUCAAAUGAAGAAAGAAGAGAAUACAAAGAGGAAAGAGAAAAAAAAAGAUAGACUAAAAGAAGACACUGAUUUUAAAAAAGUGUAUAAAAAAAAAAAGAGUUCAAAGAAGGAAUCUAAGGAUUCUUAA